AUGGUCGGAUUUGCCACGUAUCAAUUAGAGCGAACCAAUAUCUCCAGCGCACUGACGGGUGGGUUAGCCACCGCGAUAUCAGUCAAUGAGGACACGAUAAACCUCGGUAACCAACUCAUGUUCCUGGGCGUUAUCAUACUGGAGAUCCCUUCUAAUAUAAUUUUACACGUGAUUGGCCCUCGGCGGUGGAUUGGUGGUCAGGUUUUUAUCUUUGGCCUGGUUGCUGCCCUACAAGUUUUUAUUCGGGACAAGGCCGGAUUUCUUACAACAAGAACCAUUUUGGGUCUUGCAGAAGCGGGGUACAUUCCAGGGGCCAUGUUCACCUUGUCAACAUGGUACACGAAAGAUGAGAUAACUAAACGCAUUGCGAUUUUCUUCUUCGGGAUGUUUGGUGGCACGGCCGUUUCGCCAUUGCUCGGCGCGGCGUUGUUGAGAUUAGACGGCAAGGGCAGUCUUACUGGCUGGCAAUGGAUAUUUCUGGGUAAUGAUAUCCUUGAUCAAUUUGGCGCUAACUUUGAACUCGUAGUUGAAGGGAUUUGGUCCGUUACAGUCUCUCUGGUUUUGAUGUUUUUCCUCCCGGAAAGAGAUACAUUGAAAUCAACAUUGGAAAUUGACGAGCACCUGGAAAACGAAUCCCGGGCCAAAGAAGCUACUGCUCGAAAAAUCCCUAUCAAAACCGUAUGGAAAACACUCACCAAUUUCCACAAAUGGCCGCACUUUGUCGCAACAGCUUGCAUCUUUUCGACGUGGAGUCCUUUGACAAUUUAUACUCCCAGCAUCCUUCUGUCUUUGGGGUUCUCCCGGAUUGAGUCCAAUGCUUUGGCUUCUAUUGGAAGCUUCAUGACUUUGCCUGUUGUUUUUUUCUUCGCGUGGUUGAGUGAUAAGACUCAAAAGCGUGGUCUGAUGGUCAUGGUUGCCAGUACAACGUACUUCAUUUCGCUCAUCGCUUUGAAGUUAAUUCAACCACAUGUAGGCAGAUGGUCCAAGUUUGGACUUUGGACAACAGUCAAUAGCCUAGCCGUGGGUUACCAUCCUAUCCAUAAUGCGUGGAUACAAAUGAAUAGUCCAGAUCCUGAAGAGCGAAGUAUUUGCAUGGUGUGA